GCUUACAAAAAUUUGCAAAUCAAGAAGACUCAACUAAUGAAUUUCCUGAAUAUAAGUUUAAAGCAUUUUAUAUGGGAGAAUCAUCACUUAUUGAAGAAUUGACUGAAAAAACUAUCACUAUGAUAAUUGGUUGUUUUGCAUUCGAAGAUGAGUUAAAUGUUACGAUUUCUCAAAGUGUAUCUUUGCAAAUUAAAACAUUACAAAACGAACCUACCAUUUAUGAUCUGCCAAUUGCACCUGCUUUUGGAAUUUUUUCCGCACCUGUUCAAGACCCUUCUGAACCACAUGGCGACAGUACAAUCUUUCGUUUAAAAAAAGGAGUUUAUAAUAGUAUGAAUGGAAAAACCACUGAUUUGUCAGUUAUAUACAAGUAUAAUCCGAAAGGUCGCCAUUCGAAUGUAGCUGAAGCUACACAUCGUCGAACUAUUUUUUCUGUUGCUGGUGAACUAAUUUUUGUUGAGAAAUCUGCUUUUGUGUUAUGUGAAACAAUAGAAUGGAAUUAUUAUGUAAUGCGAGAAAAUUCAAAAUCACAAUCGUGUGAUAAGACAGAACAU